AUGUUUCCCUUUCGAGGUAUCAUCGACCCAUACCUGGCGGCCGGGGUGGCCAUCCUGCUCGCUCUCGUCAUCGCCGCCCUCCGUCCCAACCGUCCGCAUCUUCCACUGGGGACUACCCUUCCGCCUGGUCCCAAACCCAAACCCCUCAUCGGCAACCUGCCUUUGAUCCCACCGGUACACUCUUGGCUCAUGUUCCAUGAACUCAUCAAACAGUACGGCCCAAUCGUCCGCCUCUCUCUGCCAGGUCAAGAGCACGUCCUCCUCGGCACCGAGACUGCCGCCAACGACCUUCUCCGCCAGCGCGGCAAUCUCUACAGCGACCGACAUUAUGCGCCAGCCUCAUCCCAUUUUUUGACUGAUGACCACAUGCUCUUGCUGCUCCCAUACGAUGAGAAAUGGCGGAAGUAUCGCAGGUUCUUGCAUCAGGUGACUAUGUCACCUGUGGCACCGUUGUAUGAAACAGAACAAAGGGUCGAGGCAGUGAGGUUGCUGAGAGAUCUCAUUCGAAACCCAGGAGAUUACGAAUCACUCUUCGAGCGCUUCAGUGUUGGACUAGGCUUGAGAGUCAUCUACGGUCUGCGGCUGGAGAGUGGACAUGACCGCGACGCUAGGAUGAUUCUUGACAUUGUUCACGAACUCGAACGUGUGGGCUCGCCAGGGGCCUACAUGGUUGACCUCUUCCCGUCUUUCAUGUAUCUGCCCGAGUGGCUAGCUCCUUGGAAAAAGUACCUUAGAGCGCGGAGACGUCGCGACGAAGACUUUUUCCAAGAGCUCGUCGACCGGAGCCAAUCGCCAUCUUGGGCGAGGACCUGGCAUGAAACCAAGGACCAGUGGGGACUAACGCGACGCGAGGCAAAUUGGAUGUUAGGUUCUGUAUUCCAAGCAGCCGCGACAACCUCCGGGUCAGCGCUCGCCGCAUUCAUACUCUGCAUGGUGCGGAACCCGGGAUGGUUUGAGAAGCUUCAGAAGGAGGUUGACUCUGCAGUCGGACCUGACAGACUGCCAACUUUCAGCGACAUGCCGCAAAUGCCUUUGGUCAGAGCAUGCGUCAAGGAGACAUUGCGAUACUAUCCAAUCACGGCUGGCGGGUUCCCACAUCGGCUCACAGAAGACGACACGUACCAUGGGUAUUUCCUCAAGAAGGGUACGGUUGUACACGCUGUGCAGUGGGCGAUUCAGCGUGAUCCGGAGCUGUAUCCGGACCCCGAGCUCUUCAACCCUGAUCGCUGGUUGGAUCCUAAGUAUCCCACAUACAAAGAACCUUUGAGCAUUUACCCGAACUUGCAACAAUUUUCUGCCUUCGGCCACGGCCGUAGGAUAUGCCAAGGCAUUAACAUCGCCGAACGGAGUAUAAAUCUCAAGAUCGCGCUGCUUGCCUGGGGCUGCAAUAUUUCGAGGGCUAGGGAUGAAAAAGGCCAAGAGAUUAUACCGCCCUUAUACGAUUUUGUCGAAGGGUUCAACGUGCAACCAAAACCUUUCGGUUUCGACCUUCAGCCACGAAGUCCUGCACGAGUAGAACUGAUAGAAAGAGCGUAUGAACGAGCGCUUAAGGACGAUCCAUUGCUGUAA